UUUCUUCCGGUGUUGAGCAAGAUUGUUGUUUUGUUUUAUUACUAGAACAAAAAAGAAACUUAACGAUUUAUCGUGAAAAUACUCCAGUUUUUGUGCUUAUUUCCUCUUCAAAAAUAAGAAGUUAACCACUAUUUUGUUUAUUUGGUGAUCAGAGGUAAACCAUAUAAGGAAUAAGAGAAUGGUCUAUAUCAGAUCAAAAUGGAGGCCACAUCAGUGUAUAUAAAAAAGGAAGUUGAGGAUGCUGAGUAUGAGAGAAGUUACCAUUAUUCAGCAAAUGACACUUUACUAAAUCCUGUCACCCACGAAGAGGAUUAUACUGUCACUGUUAAUCCAGAGGCCAUUUUAGAUAUAAAAUAUGAAAGAGAAGAUGAGCCUGCUACUUCAAUAACUGAUCCAGUUUCCUCGACUGAAUUUCCAAACAAUGCUGCUGACAUUUUAGAGGAAAGUUGUAUCAAAGGUUUUCCACAGUUAAAAGAAGCACUGACAGCAGAUUUACCAGAUCUUAAUGUUAACAGACGCAAAAGAAAUUUAAAUGUUAGGAGAAGGGAUACAAAGUACAGAGAAGACCCAGCAGAGCAGAGGGAAGCAGAAACUCUGUGUGAUGGAGUCAAAAUGGAAACAGAUCAAGAGAUUCCAUCAGUGUGGAACUCAGCUGAAACCAGUGAUUUUGACACUGCAGCAAUCAAGAUGGAAAACUUUGAAGAUGAUUUCAGCCCAGACACAAAUUAUAACAUGGAACACUGCAGCACAGAUGGAACAACUGAGAUACCACCAGAAGGUUUCGUCAUAAAAACAGAAAUCUUUGUAGAGGAAUCUUCUCCCAGUACCAACUGGCCUAGUUCCAAUAAAAGAAAAAGAUCAAACCAUGAACAAAACACAGAUGCCUCUGCUUCUGUACCAGUGGGAAAUUUGAUGAGUUUGCAAGAAUCAGAAGAAUACACGAACCAGCAACAGUUCGGCAAGGGAAGCAGGAACAGUAAAGGUCAAUCAAAAGAAAAAGCCAGAAAAACUUGGUUUUUAGAUAAGGAUAAAGGAAUGUGGAAGCGAAGGUCAUGGUAUGAAGAGGAGGCAAAGAACAUGAUGCAGAAAACACAGGAAGAUCUGAAGCAGAUAGAAGAGCUCUACUCGAGUAAAGCCUCGGGGCAAAAGACGGGAUCCUAUGAAACAUUUCUACAAUCCAUUGAGGAGGAGACAGGAGAAAAGAAAGUAGAGAAGAGAGAGAUAAAGAGAGUGGUGGGGAGGAAGAGGUCUCGCUAUGAGGAGAAAACAGAAUUACUGAAGAGGAAGACGGAGGAGGAUGAGGAGUUCAUAGACAGCCUCAAAAACAUGUUUAAACGUCCAGGAGAUUCAUCAGAACAUUCCAAUCAAAGUACUGAGAGUACUUCAUCUGCAGCAGAAACUGGGACACCCAAGGAAAAUGAAAAAUCAGCUGUCAUUUCUACGUCACUGCUUACAUUAACAGAGUUAAAUGAGCUGAACGAGAAAAAGAAGGUCUUGAGUAAAGAUGAGAUAGAGGGUGACAAAUGGAAAGAGCUGAACAAGAAAACCAGGGAGGAACUGGAACAAGAAAUUUAUGAUGUGAAUGGAAAAAGAAAGCUAACAGUCCCAAGAAAAUCUAUGUAUGAGGAAAAGACAAAGCACUUGAAUCGCAAAACCCAGGAAGAUGUGGAACUUAUAAAGGGUUUACAGUCUCUAAGAAAACUAGUGAGUAAAGACUCCAAAGAGUACAAGAAGUUACUGGAUGAAACCUCGGCUCUCUCUGACAACAUCAAAGAGAAAGUAGAAAGUGCAAGCAUAGUAGAAUACAGCCCAAAUCUUGGGGAUGCUAUCAAAAAGAUUGUAGUGCCAACAGAAAAUUCCAUGUCCCAUUUGAUACCACCAAGAUGGGAGGCUGAUGAAGGCCAAGGGGAGAAUGCCCAGUAUGCACCAGUAUUGUACAGCAAUAAAAAUCACCCUGACCUCAAGGAAAAAGUCCCUCGUAAGUCUCAAUUUUCUCAUGGUUUUGUAAUGAUAGCAAAAAUAUGGAGAGAGUUACCCGAGAACACCAGAGAGGCCUACAAGGCUCUAAGCAAGCAGAACAAAUUAAAGAAAGAGGAGGAUCAAAAAAGGAUGUUGGAGGAAGAAUUGAGGAAACAUUCCAAUAAGAAAUCUCGCCAGAGUCGCAGUGGUGACACUGCAUACAGGGCUAAUGUUCCAUCACAGAACAGAACGGCGGUACGGCAGUCACAGCGGCUUAUGUCCCGGUCUGGUAGCUCCACGGCUGUAACAGAUGAUUCCCCAGAAAGAAGUUCCAGUCCUAACAGUGGAAACACUUGUGGUAGGAAAUCCAAAUAUGAAGCCAAAUCUAAGAUGCUGAACAUGAACUCAGAACGAGAUAAAGCGUUUAUGGCAGAGGCCAAUCUUCCAGUGCCAAGAGACGAGAUAAGUCCCCUUGACAGACUGCCUGGCUCACACUACUCUAUCUCAAUGCAGAUGAUGGCUUUUAAAACCAAACAGGAAAUGGCUACCUUAGCCAAACUAAUACCUCGAGAAAAAGUGGCAACUAUUCAAGGUGGUCGGUCAGGUCAAUCCAUUAAAGUAUUAGAAGAAACAAACUCUAAGUUAGUAAAAGAAGAAAAUUGCCAAUCAAUAGCCGUUUAUGUCAUGGACAAUGGAAAAGCAGUUCCAAAAUUAAAUGGCAGUCAGAGAAGUACGGAGAGUCCCCCUGUUCACAAGGAUGUGAAUUUAAACCAGAAUUCUGUGUUCAAUUUACGAAAAUCACAACACAACGACGAAUCGGAGAAAAACUCUGUAACAGAGGAAAAUGUGCUCAUGUGUUCUGAGUGUGGUGAGGAAUUCACGUCUGCGUCAGAACUGGACACACACAAAACAUUGUCACACAACCAUAAACCUCCAGGAAUAUUGCCUAAAGAAGAUACAGCUUUACCUUUUAUCAAGUGUGAACCUGUGGAUGAAGACUAUGACAAAGCUGAAAGUGUCAACAACCGAGCAGAUGGAGAACAGGGUAGAAGGAAGAGGAAAGGAAAGGGGAGGUUGAAGGUGAAAGUAGGCAAAAACAGAAAAACAUCAAGUGAAGAUAAGGCAUCCAAAAACAAUGAUAUCUGUGAUAAGGAGGUUAAGGUUAAAAAGGAGGUCUUAUGACGAAAUUUAGCAGGCAUCUGCUUUUGAAGCUUCUUUGAAAUACAGGAUUUAGUAGUACA